AUGACUAUGUUACCAAAGGAGCCAGAAGUUGAUGACAAUACAGAAAAAACUGUUAAAAAGCUGGAUGAAAAUGUAGAUGAGUCCGGUGAAAAUGAAAAAGAAUCUGAUGAAAAUCUAGAAUUUGAUACUCAUGGGGAGGAUUCUAUUAAUGAACUUUUUUCUAGAGUCCUCAUUAAUGACUCUUUGUCUUGCUCUGCAACAAUCGAAAAGCCAUACUAUUCAGCUGGGAUCUACCCAGCUGUUUGCAUCGAAUGUGGAUGCCGAGAUGUUAAUAGACCAGCGAAAGAUGAAUACCCAUGUUGUAGUGAUUGUGGUGGUAACUCUAUAAACCCAAGAAAAUCCUCAAUGAAAGCUAAGGUUAAUAAAAAUAAACGCAAGCGUGCAAACACAAAUGAAAUCUAA